CGUUAAAUAGCUUACACCAAUUUUUUCUCACUUCUAAUUUUGAACGCGUAAACUCGCAGUAUAAGUGACAGUGAUGCUCAAUAUAUAAUUAUAUUUAAUAAUAUAUCGUAGUUAGUGAUUUAUAAACAGUUUAUAUUGUGAUAAUGUCUCCAAAGUGUCCAGUUCCUCCCCUCCAAGACGUAACACUCUCUUUAGUUGGAAGACAGCUGAUACACGCGCUAUCUCGUGUUACAACAGAUGAAGAUGUCGAAUUACCUUUCGCUAUGGUGUCCUCUUACUACGAAAGUAUGGGAGCUACCAAUGACAUAUUCCAGGAUUUACUCAACUUGAUACUUAGUUCAGAAUAUCUCGAGCCGUCGAUACGAUAUUUGUCAAUGAAACUGCUGCUUAAAGAAAAUGUUAAGAGCUUAGCGACCGGGAUCUUUCCCUGCCAAUAUUACAGGAAAGUACUAGAAUUGAUCACUGAACAAGGAAAGCAUCUUACUGCACUCAAUUUAAAAGGUGUAUGGGUUAAAGAUGAACAUCUAUCAUUGUUCUAUCAGCUGGUAAAGAACCUCACUAACUUAACGACUCUUAAUAUACCGUAUAUGGCGAAUGAUGAAGUGCUCAAAUUCAUAGGUGAACAUAACAAAGUGCUCAAAUUAUUAGAUGUGUCAGGUGAGACGGAUAUAACGGAGAUUGGAAUAGAUGCAAUGCUGACAGGUAAUCCCCAACUCACUCAGAGUUUAACCGUUGUGAAUAUCGGUAUCUAUGGUGAAGAGAAUAUAGAUCAUACAGAUGUGGCUUUGUUGAUACGACGCUUGCCUAACUUGACAAAUCUCGGCAGUUAUUCGUUUGUUGGUAAAGCUAUUUAUUACAUACACAACAACGACUGCCCGCCUGGAUUUAAAACUAAACUACAAUACAUGCACGAUUCUAGAACUAAUUUAAGGACUAUGAAAGCGAUUGUCGCUCUAUGUCCGAUGUUGGAGACAAUAUAUUUAGAGGAGCCCGAUCAAGGGGUGCUACAAUUAAUAAAAGAUUUGAGUUAUGUAAAUAAGAUUAAAUUGAAUAAAUUCCAAUGUCACGAACUACAUCAGUUAUUGGAUAAAAUAGGUUAUAAAAUUAUAACACUUAUGCUUUCUGCGUCUUUGGGGUCAUUCAACUUUACUAGGAUAGCCGAAACUUGUACUAAUUUGGAAAGUCUAGAAUUCUAUCAGAUACAAACGGCGACUCACGAAGAAGAAAUACCGUUUAACAAGUUGGAACAUAUCGAAAUAAUACACGGUAACCUCUCAAUGCAAUGUUUGAAAUAUUUAAUGACGUCCAGCCCUAAGUUAAAGAAAUUGAUAAUAGGCGAUGAGAUUCUUCUAGACGAUUGUGAUAUGUCAAGGAUGCUCCGUCGCUACAAGUUUCCAUAUUUAGAGGCGAUAUGGUUUCCGAAUGCACCACGGCUGUCCGCAGAGACCGUGGAAUUACUUAUCGAGUGCUGCCCCAAGCUUCAGAGUCUUGGACAACUCAGUGGCUGGCGCUUCACUCCUGAUGAAAUGAUGCUGAUGCGCGCCAUCUAUGCGAGUACUAACACUGACAUUAUACUUUCACCCCUGGGUAUAUUCCAGCAAGGCAAUUGAUAAAUGACGUGACGGUGAAAUGCAAAAAAAAAAUCAACUCGCCCAAAGAUGGCAAUCUCAUCAAGACGUCAUUCUAUUCUAUAAGUUUUUUACUACACAGUUAUGUAUUAUUUAUUUUUAUUAAAUAAAUACUAACAGGA